ACAUUUCUUUUUAUAAUUAUUUAAAAUGAAACCAAAAAAAAAUCUUUUAAUAGCUUGUACAGGUAGCGUGGCCACAAUAAAGUUACCAUUAUUAAUAGAAAAAUUACGUGAAUCCAACAUACCAAUACAUUUUAAUAUAAGCAUUGUUGUGACAGAGCAUGCCAAACAUUUUAUCGAUAAUACAACCAUUCCGUUGGAUGUAAUUGUGUAUGAUGAUCAAAAAGAAUGGAGUGCUUGGAAUAAAAGGGGAGAUCCUGUUGUACAUAUUGAUUUAGGAAAAUGGGCAGAUAUUAUGGUUAUAGCUCCACUGAGCGCUAAUUCUAUGGCCAAAAUUGUCUCUGGCAUUUGUGACAACUUACUAAUGUGCGUAGUACGCGCUUGGGAUUUUGAGAAACCACUAUACUUCUGCCCUGCUAUGAACACGCGUAUGUACGAUCAUCCAUUAACAAAUGAACAGCUAGGUAAACUUAAGAAUUGGGGAUAUUUAGAAAUACCUGCUAUAUCAAAAACUCUGAUGUGUGGUGAUACUGGAAAUGGUGCUAUGGCUGAAGUACAAACCAUUGUGGACACUAUUUUAAAACAUUUUAAAAAUUGAGAAACAGUUCAUUCAAUUAAUACGUAUAAAAUAUUUUUAGUUAAAAUGUAUUAAUAAAGAAGAAAAAUAAAA